AACACUUACUCCUACGGAGAUAUCCAAGGAAUGAAGGGAAAGUAUCGUUCUGACAGUAACCUGCUCCAAACCCGAACCCUCCCUCCUGACUCCGCCCUCUCUCUCGUGGGGUCACAGGGGUCGGCAGGCCGCGAGGGGUUCGUGAGCGUCGGGGAGAGGGAGAGAGAGGUCGAGUUGUUGACCUUCUCAUCACCGAGACUGUUCCAGAGACGAGGGGGUGUGGUCGGAGAUAUCAACGUCGGCUCUAUCCAGAGACUAACGGAGGACGGGGAACAAGGGGUUAAGGUAGUAGUGGAAGAGGAGAAAGGAGGAAGACAGGUCACUGAGACUGUUCCAGCAGAUAAGAAACCACUCAGAGAAGUGUUGGACUAUAUUUUCAUAAAACACGAUCUAGAAGUGGACUGGGAUCCGCCCACCCAUUCCUUCACCGUCGUGACGCGGAACGGAACGCGGACCAGUCCGGAUCUGGACCUCCCCAGUAACCACUUCUCAGGGUGUUCCCUGGAGAUCAGACCACUGCAGAGAGACGAGGAGAGGGAGGAGAGGGAGGAGAGGGAAGAGGGCAGCUCUGCGAGAGAUGAGAGGCCAAUCUUCAAAACCCUGGAGGACUGUUUGUCAUAUUUCACCACCCAUGGACUGGUAGAACUGCCCUCUCAGAGAGAUGAGGAGGAGGAGGAAUACCAUCUCCCUAGGGUCCACCCCCUGGACAACAUUCCAGGGUCCUGGGAUGAUCUGCCAAUUAAACCUGAGCUGAAGAAGUCUCUUCUCAGACGAGGCAGCCAGCAGAGGGCAUCUGGGAGCUGAGAUAUCGACAUGCGAAUACUCGCACAUCCAAACAACUCGAGGUCAUCACUAAUGUAGUGACGUAUGU